GAAGGGACAACCUUGAAUGAGUUUUAAAGGCUGCUGUACUCUCUGGAGUGCUCUACAUACUGGGGGUCACCUGCUACAAGUAAGAUGCUCAGCCUGAAUCUAUUUAAUGCAGAUGCACCCAGUUUCGGUCCAGUCACACACAGCCUAUAUAAAAGGCUGCCUAAUAAGAAAAUAACUAGCCCAGGGCAUCACCUUUACUGUUCCUGUUAAUCUGUUUGGGCUGAAUGACGGCCCAAUGUAAAGCGGUAAAGCUAUAAACGAUGGUGUGGUUUGCCAGUCGGCUUCUUGCUUUGCAUAUUGAAUCGAUAUCAUUUAAAUGAACUCCACACGUCUGACUGAUCCAUUGUGACGCCAACGCUGAUCUAUCAGACGACCUGACGCUAUUCUACUGACUACACAAUCUAUCCGAAGACCUGAAGUUAUUCUACGGGCUACACCGAUCUAUCCAAAGACCUGAAGUUAUUCUACGGGCUACACCGAUCUAUCCAAAGACCUGAAGUUAUUCUACGGGCUACACCGAUCUAUCCGAAGACCUGAAGUUAUUCUACGGGCUACACCGAUCUAUCCAAAGACCUGAAGUUAUUCUACGGGCUACACCGAUCUAUCCAAAGACCUGAAGUUAUUCUACGGGCUACACCGAUCUAUCCAAAGACCUGAAGUUAUUCUGCCGGCUGCACCGAUCUAUCCGAAGGCGUUCCGUUCUCCUGCCGGUCAGCAUGCAGCCGUUACCGCUGUGGAGUUUGGUUUCGCUCUUGGCGUGUUUCCACGGCGCCCAGCGCAUGGCCGCCACGGUGGUGCAGGACUUCAACCACGUGGAGCGGUGCAAAGACUCGCUGUACAUGGGCACGCCGCCGCGGGGCUUCCUCAGCCCCAGCCUGAAGAGGAUCUGCCAGCGCUACGCAGACCGGCCGCGCUACGUCACCCUGUACAACCCGCGCCUGCGCAUCCCCGUCUACUCCGCCUACACCUUCAAGAAGACCGAAGGCGACCGCCGUGUGGACUACCCCUGGAUGUACGAGCCGCAGCUGGCGGAGGUGGAUGGGAACGGGAACAUGAUGCCCUUCCCGCAGGGUUACCUGCACAUGAAGUUUGAGGACAGCCAGGCGGUUCUGGACGACUACUCGGACGUGGUUCUGUACGAGCGGGGGCACCUGAACCCGGACCAGCACCAGUCGGACCCGCACGACCGGGCCGCCACCUACACGCUGACCAACGUGGUGCCGGAGAUCCGCGAGUUCAACAUCGGGCCGUGGCAGCAGCACGAGGAGCGGCUCCGCGUGCGGCUCAACAACUUCUGCCGCGGCACCGCCUACAUCGUCACCGGGGUGACCACGGCUGGUCACAUGAUCCGCCGCAACAACCAGGACCGCGUGGGCAUCCCGGAGGACGUGUGGAGCGCGUACUGCUGCACGGACUACGACCGCAACGCGCCGCACGACGUGCGGGUCCGCUUCCCCACACAGGCCUUCCUGGCCAAGAACGCCAAGGAGUUCAGCGCUGUGCACGAGAUGACCGUGCUGGACCUGGAGAUCUACCUCAAGACCAAGAUGGACGUGGACCAGAACUUCCAGAUCUUCUACGACAACUGCGUGUCCCCCUCGCCCCUCCCUCAGUACCUGCACCACACCAUCUAACCCCCCCACCCUCUCUUCUGUGGGUAGAAUUCACCAGGUUUAUGCUUCUGAUUAUCCUCUCUCUCUCUCUAUUCAUGUAGGGGUUAUUUCUGAUACAUAAAAUAUGUGAAUUUCCUUUUAAAGCCCCAAAGCGCCCAUUUUCUCUUCCAUAAACUGAAUGAAGUGCCUGAAUCCCCCCCAAAAAACAUCAUCAUCAGACUGCAGGGGAUUUUACAUCUUUAGAAGGGCAAUAUUAUCAUUAUGUUGUUGAAGUUUUAAAUAUUCUAUAUCCUCUGUUUUUAUCAUAAUAUAAUCUUCUCACUCCACUUAUAAUAAUGUCUGGUGACAAAGUAAAUUUUGAGUAUAAAAUGACAUCUCUAGUACAUUUGUUGUUUGGUUCAAAUUAAGUUAAUCCUUUCUCUAAAUACAUAUCUACAGUUAGAAUAGUUAAUAACUUUAAGCCUCAGAUGUAACUCACGUCUAUGUACAUUCCUCUAACUUUCAGGGGAAAGAGAAAUGUAAUAAAAGAUGAAACAAUGGGGA